AUGGCAACGACAUCAUCAAAAGCGUCGGCCAAUCGCAUGGCCAAGAUAAAGGCACUAUUCGGCUGCAUGUUUGUGCCAUACCUUGUGGCUGCAGUGGGUGUGGGCUGGCAGGCUGUGACCGUGCCGGCUUUGGGGGAGCUGGAACAAGUGGAUCUCCGAGGGAAGACGGUGAUCAUCACAGGCUCCACCUCGGGACUUGGCCAAGCACAAGCAGAGGUGAUGGCAGCCUGGAAUGCAUCUUUGGUCCUUCCCGUGCGGGACAUGAAGAAAGGAAAAGCCUUGCAAGAGAGACUGCAGCAGGAGAACCCUUCCGCACCUCCACCAGUUGUAAUGGAAAUGGAUCUUGCCUCUCUCGAAAGCGUUCGUGCAUUUGCAGAUCAAUACACAGGGCCUGUGGAUGUUCUGGUCCACAAUGCAGCUGUUUUGGGUACCGGUGAGCUGAUCCGUACUCAGGAUGGCUUUGAGGAAUGCUCCCAGGUCAACUACCUUUCCCCGUUCUUGCUGACGUCCCUACUGCUGCCUCGUUUAGAGCAGAGUGAGGAAGCGCGGAUUGUACACGUGUCAGCCAAAGCCCAUGAGCGCAUGCCUCAGAUAUUCCGUCCUGGCUCCGUCCUUGGACCGUUUGCCUGGCAGGAAUUUCGACGUCGGAAAGUCCUCGACUUGGAAUUCCCAAAGAGGCAAAUGCGCAUGUUGGGAAACUUGGGUGGCUCGUAUGCGGAUUCGAAGCUAGCUCAGGUACUCUUUUCUCAAGCCUUGGCCAGACGUUUGCCAGCAAAUGUUGUGACGCAUAGCUUGCACCCUGCAAUUGUUCAGCCCACUGCUCAGCAUGGUCGAAAUGUCAAUUCUUCAACUUGUUGCCUUUUUGGCGCUUAUCUCAUUUCGCAGUGCAUUCUUUGA